UCCACGGCGCCGUGUGUCACAAGAAAUCAAGAAUGGAUGUCGUCUGCCUGGUACGGCACGCGUCGUCGAAAAAAAAGAUAUGUGUUCGAGGCGAAAAGAAGCUUCAGGAUGUAUUGGAUGCACUGAAAGAAUCUCCUUUUCGAGAGUUGGUAACAGACAACCUACUUGUUCAGCUCUAUGAUAAGGACUUCGAUGACUAUAUUGACAUGGACGAAAAUGACGUUGUGGAGCAACAUUCUGUAAUCAACAUAAUCACAACGGAUGAAGUUAUAAAUGCAGAAAAGAAAAGCGAUCAAGAAAUGGGGCAAGACGCUGAACUAGCUUCCAUUGCAAGAAAUGCACCUAGCACCUCAAGGCAGGACACACAGCCCGCUUUGACAGUGCCCCUGUACCGCCUUCCAGAAACGCCUAUGCACAUACAGGCAUUUAUAAAGGACAUCAGAAAAGGGAAUGUGCCUGAGAGCGUGCGAAGGAGGAUUGUUGACUGGGUAUACUAUGAUGUGUGUGCUCAUACACUGUACCCCGGAAAGUUGUACGGAAUAGCAGCACAACAGCUUGUGAGGCGCUACCCUGAGUUGAGAGAUAUUUCCAUGGAAGGGCAUGUAUGUAUUUCUUUUGCAAAGAUUGCCAGAAGUACGAUGUAUCACAUAGCGAAAAAAGUUUGUGAAGUGGUAUACGGUCAUCCCUUGAUUUAUUAACAGCAUGUAUUCCUCUGAAAAUCGUUCAUGAAUCGAGGUUUGCAGUGAAUGGGGGCCUGGAACUAUUAGAAUCGCAGAAACUACAUUGUAACCCUGUAACAUUUA